UGUACUCAUUUUUAGGUUGUUUUAUACUGUAGUGACAGUAAUUGGAAUACAACUGCAUUACUGUGUUCCAUUUCACUUUCUGUUUAUUCAUUUAAAAAAAUAACAUUGUUUGAAAUGACCCAGGUGGUGCUAGUGGGUGGAGAAGACGACAGAAGACUGUAAACAAACCAUAAUCAAAACAGGUUCUUAAUUCUGUGGAUGGCGGUGAACAACAGGACUCCUGAAAAUGAUUCUGCAUUCUAUACUCUCACUGGGUUUUAAAGCACUAUUAUAGUAAAAAGAUGGCUUCACAGACAGAUUCGAUACUGAGAGUUGGUGGCAGUUGCGGCAGCAUUGGAAGAAUUUGCAAUAAAGAGAACAAUCACAGAACCUGUUCUUCACAACCUUUCAACAAACCAUUAAUGUGCUUACUACACAAGAGGAAGAAAAGCCUCAAGCAUAAAGUACUUAAGUUGUUGGCACAAAUGAAGGGAACGGACAAAGAGAAAGAAGAUUUCACCUUUGAUGAGUCUAAAUGUAUCAUAAGAGAGCUUGCUGCUGAACUGAGCAAGGUAGUUCAGUCCUCACAGAUCAGCAACACCUCCCUUCUGACCAGAGUGAAUGAGGAUGGAUCUUGUCAAGAGGAGCGUCAAGACUUUAUACUGCAGUGGGCUGAGGAGCUGAAACACUCAUCACAGACACAACAGACACCAGCAGGGGAAAUCACAAGACACAGGAGGAGUGACAACCCUCCAGAUCAACAGAAACCAGACAAGGAACAGAAACUGAGGGAAGCCACGAAAGCCCUUUCUGAGUGGGCCUGGAGACUCAAGGAUACGGAACAGGACUCCGUGUGUCUGGGUGAGGAUGUGUGUUCAGUACUGCAGGAUCUGGAAAGACAGUGGAAGAGGGGGAAGCUUCCCAACAUGCUCCCUGUCAUGGACUUCCUCAUCUGGAGCAUACUACAGGAACAGCAGGAGGGUUCCAUUGUAAAGCAUUGGCUCAGAAAUAGACAAAGGUCCCGAAGCAGAGUGACUCUGAAUCGCGUUCCUGACUCAAUUUGGAACUUGAUUUUGAAAGCAUCAGUUGAGAUCACUCUGGAUGAAAAAACAGCCAACCCAAAUCUCUUACUGUCCGCUGACAGGAAAAGAGUGAAAAUGGCCACCAUCAUUGAGGAUGUUUUUGAUCCCCGGGAUGGAUACAGCCCUGGAUCCCACACGUAUGAUGGCUGGUGGUGUGUCCUUGCAAAGGAGGGCUUUACAUCUGGGAGACAUUACUGGGAGGUGAGAGUCUGGGGCAAGGCAGAGUGGAGGAUAGGUGUGGUUAGAGAGUCAGCACCGAGGAAUGGCUUUGCAAAUCUGAACACAAAAGCUGGUUACUGGAACUUGCGUCUGCAGCUUGGGGAGCUCAUGGCUCUAAGUGCACCAGUCAUUAAACUGAACCAGUCUCCACCCUCUAGGUUAGGGGUGUUUCUAGACAUAGAGGAGGGACAGGUAUCCUUCUAUGAUGCAGAGGAACGAUGCCACAUUUACACUUUUAAUGUCAAUUUUGAUAACUUUGGAAAGAUUUACCCUGUGUUUGGAACAAUUGAGACAGACAGAGAGCUGGUUAUUCUGUAGGGAAAAUAACUUGAUGCAAGCUGUCUGGCUUACUUUAUGGACAUCUCAAUGUAUAGUUGUUGACUGUCUCAACUGACAAUUCCCUGAGAUUACAAAAGGUGUUCCUCAAGAGUCCAUUUUAGGGCCGUUUUAUUCACACUGUAUGUAAGCAAUCGGGGGAGAACAGCCUUGGUCAGAGAGGUGACCAAGACACAAUGGCAGACACUCUGGACAGAGCUCCAGAGUUCCUCUGUGGAGAUGGGAGAA